UAAGACAAAAAGGUGUUCGAAUUUUUGCCGUCUCAUUUGGUGAAUAUGUUCCAGAUAUGCUGGAGACGAUUACAGAGAGAAAAGAAGACUUAAUUGUUGAGAGGAGCUUAUACACUUUACAGGAUAAUGUUGAACAUCUGGUUAAAAUGAUUCUUCAAGCCAUUGAUAAUCCUUCAGUUCGUUUUAGGAAGCAUCAAAACUGGUUUUUCGCCGGAAGAAAAGCUGAAUUACGUUGUGUUGCAUCAGGCUGGCCCCCUCCAACAGUCAAGUGGCUGAUGAACGGCAAGCAAGUUAAAGAUGGGGACCUUAACGAAACGGUUUAUUUCAGUGAAUCAGUUGCCGAAGAAUCAAUAACUCUGUCGCUUCACUUUUCUGAGGUAAAGCCUCAGCAUGUUGGAGAAUUUACCUGCGAAGCUGAAAACAAGUUCAAAGUAACAAGGCGUAAUACUGAAGUAUCAAUCAAAUGCCCACCAGUUGUUAUUACGCUAACUGCAAGUUACAAGGCAUUUCGAUCAAACUCAAGUGUUACAUUAAGAUGUCGAGUUGACGGUCUGGAUUAUCAGCAGCUGCCUUCUUACCACUGGCAAUGGAAGUUCCAAGGCCGGGAAAUAAAAGACACGGCAAGGCACAAAGUGUCCAAUGAUACUCAGUCUCCCAACGUAUGUCAGCUGUUUAGAGGAUCUACAAUUCUUUGUAUAACAAACAUUUCCAGUGAGGAUUUUGGACAAUACACCUGUUUAAUACUACAGUCUAAUACCACAUUUGCAGAAAGAGAAAUAUCUUUUCAUUCCUUUGAGCUACCACCACCCCAAAUUGUCAGGGCGGAUUCUUAUAAGUGUGGACGCGCUAUAAAGCUGCAGUGGAAACGUCCACUUCUGAUCGAGAGUAAAGUGAAUGGUUACCAAGUUACUUUGAGAUCAGUCAAUGGAAAAUCCAAGCACAUAUCUAAUUUCUCCGACGAAGUUUUUUCCCACGAAUUUGACGGACUCGAGAUCAAUGCAGUUUAUGAACUGAGUGUUCGAGCAAGAGAUUCAAACGGAUUUGGUCUUUGGGCAAGAGAACAACUAACGACGGCCGCAGAUGUACCAGCCGCGUUGAAGGUCAAAGCGGAACCGUUUGGCUGCAGUGCCAACCUGUUGUGGAAUACAGCCGUGAACCAAAGCUGCCCAAUCACUAAGUACGAGAUUUACUAUAGGGAAUCAACUACAGGAAGGAUGUCGGCCAAUAGCAGCGUGUGGGCCGUGAAAAGCCUCAAAGGGGCAAACAAAUAUCGUCUCUUGUUGGAUUGUGCCCAGAGAUAUGAAAUCAUGGUUAUGGCCUGGAAUCAAAGGGGACAUAACGACUUCAAUGAAAGCUCUGUGUUAUCAGUACUUACCGAAGAAGGUUUCCCGUUUACACCGUCGAUAACAGAUAUCCAAAGAAAGCAAUGUGAUAUUGUAGAAGUUUUGUGGAAUAGAUCAACUUCAGAUUCUGGUGGAGGUCCAAUAACUGGUUUCGAAGCGCAGAUUAGAAAUAGGAAUAGCCUGAACUGGAAUAAUUGCACGUAUGAUCUUUCAAAUUUUAAUUAUUCCUGUUCGUUCGAUGGUUUACUGAGUAAGAAUACCUAUGAUAUUCGCGUAAGAGCCGUCAACCAGAAAGGGCCUAGUCACUGGGCGAACCGAACAUUUACGACAGAAAUAAUAGGUCCACCUGAUUCACCUAAGAUUUUGUACGACAAUUCUACAAUUUCUGGAAGAAAUGCUUCCGUGAAGUGGACUUCUCCUGAACACUAUCAUUGCAACAUUACCAUGUACUCCAUUUGCUACAGAGAGACAGAACCAAGUGUCAAUGGUUGGAAGCAAUUAAACGUUUCGGGAAUAACAAGUUAUGAACUGCAUCUUAAAUACAGCAAGAAAUAUGAAGUCAUAAUUGCUGCUUGGAACAAACUGGGACGAAGCGAAAGCAGCCAAGCGUGGGAACCAAGAACAGCACAAGAUGUGCCGUAUGAACCAAUCUUGCAUCAGCCAAUCCUUGGACAGUGCAACAUCAUCAACGUAUCUUGGAGUCCCCCAACGCGAGAGGCACUCGGAGAUCCAGUUACCCUCUAUGUACCUCAGAUAAAAAUGACUGAGCCUAAAGGAUCUUGGAUCAACUGCACAUGUUUCAGCGUUUUAAAUCCAAUGUCUUGUCUGUUUACUAACUCGACGCAGUAUACACAUUAUGACGUCAGAGUGCUGGCAAAAAAUAAAAUAGGAUACAGUUUGCCCUCCAGCGUAUUGCAAAUUUCUACAGAAGAAGCAGACCAGCCUGGCACACCUGAAAUAAUUGAACGGAAAGUGUCAGGAUGCAAUGUGACCUUAAAGUGGACCACGCUUUUGUCAAAAAACUGCCCAAUACGUUUCUACACAAUCAGCUACAGACAAAAAGGUGCACCCCCUGAUGCCAUCGAGUGGACUGUGAUAAAUAUUACGGACGUUGCAGUCAAUCAAGUCACCAUCAAACUGAAUUGCACCACGACUUAUGAGUUUCAGGCCAGGGCUUGGAACCUGUUGGGAGGGAGUGCCAAUUCUAGAAGACAGGCGGCAACUACAGAAGAUGUUCAAUCUGUUCAAUCUGACUUUGACCAGGUGACUGCGAAACAUCACCCAUCAGAUUCCUCAAUGAUGACCAGUCUAAUAGGAGCGCUGAUCGCCUGUUUGGGUUUCUUGCUCUUUAUCCUACUGGUCAUUGGCUUUUGGUAUUUCCACAAGAAUCAGGCGACUAAACGUUCAAAAAGAACUGCCAAAGACCUUCAGGUUUUGGAGCAGUCCGAAAUCCAUCCGAUCAGAAUAGAAUUUCUCGAAGCACUGGGCGAAGGAGCGUUUGGAAAAGUUCACAAAGCAAGACUUAAGGAUAGUUUGGAUCUUUUUGCAAACGAUGAAAAAUUUUUUGGAAGAAAAAAGCAGUCAAAGACUGUAGCAGUGAAAGAAUUACAUGAACGCGCUGACGAGGAGCAAAGGAGAGAAUUUUUAGAAGAGAUUGACCUCAUGAAGCAAGUGGGAAAACACCAGAAUGUGUUGAGUUUCCUAGGUUGUUGGACCACAACCGAACCUUUUCUUCUGAUGCUCGAGUAUGUAGCCCAUGGAGAUUUGCUUCAAUGGCUGAAAAGGAAAAGGGUCCAGAUUAACAGUUCCACCAGCAGCUGCCCACAGGGAAUUAGUUUUUAUGCUGAAAGCACGAAUCUCAAAUCAACUGCAGAAGAGGUCAGUGAUGUAAGAGGCAAGAACAUACCAGAGGCAUGCAACUCUGCCCCUUCUCCUGGUGACACAUCACAACCAACUGAAGCUAAAAUUCCUCUCGUUGUUUUCUCCACUGAGCUGCAAGAGGGUGACGCUUUGACGGAGAAGAAAGACGAUGAGUGCAGUGAUGAUUGCGAGUCAUUUAUUCCGGCUGAUCUCAUGUCCAUGGCUUGGCAGAUCGCAAAAGGCAUGGCUUACCUUUCCGGAAAGGGGCUAGUCCAUAGAGAUCUUGCGGCAAGAAACAUUCUAGUUGGACACAGCAAACGGCUCAAGAUUUCAGACUUUGGUCUAAUGCGAGAAAUGUACCAUGAACUGUAUGAGGUAAAAAAGCAUACAAAGCUACCAAUCAAAUGGAUGGCGCCUGAGUCACUUUAUAGGCAGAUAUUUACGUCAAAAAGUGACAUUUGGUCUUAUGGAGUAGUCAUGUGGGAAAUCGCGACUGUCGGUGGUUCUCCAUAUCCACUGUUAACCAAUACAGAGGUCAUGAGACGUUUGAAGACAGGUUACCGCAUGGAAAAACCUGAUUUGUGCUCAGAUCAUGUUUACUCUUUGAUUUUGGAUUGUUGGAAACAAGACCAAGAUGAACGGCCUAGUUUUCAAGAGAUGGUUGGAAGGCUAGAAGAGCUGAUGCAUCAAGAAGCUGAAUAUUUUGAUUUUAACCAAAUGGACGAGUCAAAAGAUUAUUAUCAGGUGCAGGAUUCAGAGGCUGAAGACUUGGAAGAUGGCGAAGAUAAUCAUGAGAAUGAUGAUGUAAAUUCUAAUUUACUGCAUAACUGACCCUGCUAACUUAGUGCACUUUAUUUUCUCUCUGUCGCGCAUCAUAGCGCAUUUUGCGGGCUAACAGGGAGAUUUCGGUAGUCUAAAAUAACGCAUUAGUUGGACAGAGCGGAAAAAAAGGAGAGAAGCUCUGAUGAAGCCAGCGACCCGACGCAAAUCUCCUCUCCUUUCUUUCUGCCUACCUAUCACCCUUCUCAUGGACAAGUAGAACAGGCUGUCUGAACACCCCUCUUGGAGCGCACGUGACAUGAAGCUAGUCGAUCGUGCGACACGUGUAAUCUGCCUAAGUUGGUUUUAUCGAUUGAAUUUAUAACGUGAAUUGGCCCCAGUUAAAAGUUUCGAGCGUCAGCCCUUCUGCAGAGCGAAGGUGUGUCUAGGAUAUAUGGGAAAGGUGCCGCAC